CCGGUGCUUAUCUCAACCAUGGAUGAACUUCGUAAACAAGUUCUUUCUCACACUGCCGGUGAAGAGCGGGUUGAGGUUAAUCAAAGGCACUUAAUUGAUAAGAUCUUGGCGAGGUAUUCAGCAGAAUUUGUAGUAUUUCGAGAGCUAAUGCAAAAUGCAGACGAUGCAAAGUCUUCAAGUGUAGAAAUUAUAUAUGAAACUCAAAACAAAAGUGCAGAUAAGUCCAAUAUAUUAAAAGACAAGUGUGUAAGGAUAUUAUUUAAAAACAAUGGCUUCGUGUUUCGUCCCGAAGAUUGGAGUCGAUUAAAGAAAAUUGCUGAAGGGAAUCCUGACGAACAAAAGAUCGGUGCUUUUGGAGUUGGGUUCUAUUCAUUGUUUUCCGUCUGUGAAGAGCCAUUUGUAUCCUCAGGAGGUCAAGGCAUGGCAUUUUAUUGGAAAGGGGAUCAAUUAUUCGCUAAACGUGCUGCUAUUAGUCAAGAAGAUCAAACGUGGACAACUUUUCUUAUGGAUAUGAGAGAUUAUGCGGAGUUUCCUAACGCUGAAGAUUUUGGUCGAUUUUUGGCUACAUCAUUGGGUUUCACGGGGAAUCUUCGCGAAGUAUCCGUAUAUUUCAAUGAUAAGAGGAUUAUACGUAUCACAAAAAAAAUGUCUGACCCGAGGACUAUGACUAUAUUCUCCGGCUUAAAUACGACAUCGCCAGAAAGAAUGUUCCAUUUAAAAUCUGUUGACGUACGGAAAGUGCAAUUGGACGUCGAGAGGAUAAUUAUUCCUUCGAAAUUUUCUCUAACUAGAUCGACACUGAGUGACUAUCCGACAGAAGAAACAUCCAUAUUUCUUCGAGUAGCCAGUGGCCAUUUAGAUGUACGAGUAUCCAGAGCAUUUUCGGCAGAUAUGGAGCGUACAACAAAAAAGAAACCACCAAGUCAAACUAUUAUUCAGAUGAUAUUUACUGGAUAUGACGAGCAAUAUUUUUCUGAAGAUAAAAACAAAAAAAUAUCUGGAAUAUUUAAAAAUUUGUUGCCAUUUCCUGAACAAGGUAGAAUUUUUAUUGGGUUUCCUACACAUCAGACGACUGGGUGUAGUUCUCACUUGGCGGCUCGCUUAAUUCCAACG